AUGCGUCCAGUGGCUUCACCCGAGUUUAAACAUUGGCAAGCCUUUGGCACCGACGGAUCGGCUUUCUAUGUGAUUCCGCUCACAGCAUACGCCUUCCAGGGCAUAGAGGUGCAUGCCAUGACUGCGUUUGAAGCUCAAGACGGCCACGCCCCGCGUUGGCUGUCGCGCUAG